AUGGGACUAAUGAGGUUAUUUAAUUCUGCUUUCGUUUUCUAUUCAUUCUUAUUGUUGCUAUUGCCAACAACAAGUGCCAGUGGUGAUGUGAUAAAAUUCACGGAUGCUGAUUUCAAGGAAGGCAUCAAGCGAUAUGAUGUGUUACUUGUGAAAUUUUAUGUGCCAUGGUGCCAUCAUUGCAAAAAACUGGCUCCGGAAUUUGAGAAGGCAGCAACAAAACUUUUGCAGGAAGAUCCGCCUGUUCAUUUAGCAGAGGUCGAAUGCACAGAGGCAAAAAUUUGCGAAGAAUUCGGUGUUACUGGCUACCCGACUUUGAAGAUUUUCCGUAAAGGUGAACUGGCUCAGGAUUAUGAUGGUCCACGAGUUACGGAAGGUAUAGUGAAAUAUAUGCGAGGACAAGCUGGUCCAUCAGCUACAGAAAUCAAUACGCUACAGAAAUUCGAAAAAAUGCUGGAAGCCGACGAUAUCACGAUUUGUGGAUUUUUCGAGGGUGACAGCAAGUUGAAGGACUCGUUCUUAAAAGUUGCAGAUACAGAAAGAGAUCGUUUCAAGUUUGUAUGGACUUCGAAUAAACAAAUUCUGGAAUCAAAUGGAUACAAUGAUGAUAUUGUUGCAUAUCAACCAAAGAAGUUUCACAAUAAGUUUGAGUCGAAUGGAUUUAAAUAUGAUGGGAAUUACGACACAGAUAAAAUCAAAGAAUUUCUCCUACACGAAACGAAUGGACUUGUUGGUAUACGAACUUCCGAAAAUCGAUAUCAGUUUGAUCAACUUCCAAUGUUUGUUGUGUACAGCAAGAUUGACUAUGAGUUGGAUCCAAAAGGGUCUAGUUAUUGGCGAAAUCGUGUUCUUAUGGUUGCAAAAGAUUACAGAAGAAAAGCAUAUUUUGCUAUAAGUAACAAGGACGAUUUCUCCUCGGACCUUGAUGAAUUUGGCUUAGCUAAUCGUAAAGAUAUUAAGCCGCUUGUUGCUGCACGUAGUAAGAAAGGCAAAUUUUUCAUGAAAGAAGAGUUCAGCGUGGAGAAUUUGAGAAAAUUUGUUGAAGACGUUAUUAACGAUAGAUUAGAGCCGCAUAUGAAGAGCGAAGAACCACCUGAAGAACAGGGUGAUGUUAAGGUUAUUGUUGCUAAAACAUUCCAAGAAAUGGUCAUUGAUACGAAAAAAGAUGUUUUGAUCGAAUUCUAUGCUCCAUGGUGUGGACAUUGCAAGGCACUCGCACCGAAAUAUGAUGAAUUAGGCCAGAAAUUAUCCGGCGAAUCAGGCGUUGUCAUUGCAAAAAUGGAUGCAACAGCAAAUGACGUGCCACCACCAUUCCAAGUGCAAGGAUUCCCAACUCUUUAUUGGGUACCGAAGAAUAGGAAGGACAAACCGGAACCAUACUCUGGCGGUCGGGAAGUGGAUGAUUUUAUCAAAUAUAUUGCGAAGCAUGCAACGGAGGAAUUGAAAGGAUACAAAAGAGACGGGAAACCGAAGAAGAAGAAGGAAGAAUUGUAA